AUGUGCCACACCUUCUGCUCCACGGGCUGCCAGUCAGCCUGCUGCCCAUCCUCGUGCUGCGUCCCCACGGCCUGCUGCUCACCCUUGGGCUGUGGGAGCUCCUGCUGCCGCCCAGUGUCCUUUGUGACUCUGCUAUGCCAGCCUGUGUGUGGCGUGGCCAGCUCCUGUCAGUCACCCUGUGGGGCUGCUAGCAGCUGCUCUGCUGGCUGCCAGUCCCCGUGCUGCCCUGUGUCCUGUGGCCAGGCCUCCUCCUGCAGCUCGGCCUGCUGUGUGCCCAGCCCUUGCCAGGAGAGCUGCUCUGUGCCAGUGAGCUGCAAGCCUGCCAUGUGUGUGCCCGUGAGCUGCAAGCCCACCGUGUGUGUGGCCUCCUCCUGCCAGCUCUCCCGCCCCAGCCUCGUCUGCAGACCUGUCACCUGUGGCACCCCUUCCUGCUGCUAGCAAAUCAUCUGGAUACUCAGUUCUCUGCUACUGAUUUCUGAAAACCUUUAUCUUGGUCAAAUGAUCAGAAUUCUUCCCACACAUCUCAUUAUCAAAUCAAGGAUGGAUCC